CAUAACCCUAAUGACCAUCAUUUUGUCUGUGGUUUAGAUCUACAGUUUCCAGGACAUGCUGGUGGCUGAGAAUCCCAACAUGGUCAGCAAGAUUGUGAUUGGUCAGAGCUACGAGGGUCGCCCCCUGAAUGUGCUCAAGUUCAGCACCGGUGGAUCCAACCGUCCCGCCAUCUGGAUCGACACUGGAAUCCAUUCCAGAGAGUGGGUCACCCAGGCCAGUGGCACCUGGUUCGCCAAAAAGAUUGUGACUGAUUAUGGACGUGACCCCGCCAUCACCGCCAUCCUCAACAAGAUGGACAUCUUCCUGGAGAUUGUGACCAACCCCGACGGCUACUACUUCACUCACAACAGCAACCGUAUGUGGCGCAAGACCAGGAAGCCCAACUCCGGCUCUAGCUGCGUGGGAGUCGAUCCCAACAGGAACUGGGAUGCUGGUUUUGGAGGAGCUGGUGCCAGCAACAACCCCUGCUCAGAGACUUACCGUGGACCCCGCGCUAAUUCUGAGUCUGAGGUCAAGUCCAUUGUGGACUUUGUGAAGUCCCACGGUAACUUGAAGGCCUUUGUCUCCAUCCAUUCCUACUCCCAGAUGCUCUUGUACCCCUACGGCUACACCAGGACUCCAUGCAAGGACCAGGCCGAGCUGCACAGUCUGGCUAAGAAGGCCAUCACUGACCUGGCCUCCCUGUACGGUACUAGCUACAGAUACGGCAGCAUCAUCAACACCAUCUACCAAGCUAGUGGUGGCACCAUUGACUGGACCUACAACCAGGGCAUCAAGUACUCCUACACCUUUGAGCUGAGGGACACCGGUCGUUAUGGCUUCAUCCUGCCAGCCAAUCAGAUCAUCCCCACCGCCACGGAGACUUGGCUGGCUCUGAUGGCGAUCAUGGAUCACACCGCCAAGAACACCUACUAAUGUGUGUGUGUGUUUGUGUGUACAAGUGAAAGUCCCUGUGUCAUCUUUAAGACUAAUAUUAGAUCAUCAUCGUAUGUCGUUUAGACAUAGUGAAAAAAAUAAACAAAUACACUGGAAAUAUGCAAUUUCUGUUUCUUUAUGAUUUUAAAGCUUUAUAAUUGGGUUCAUGUUGGGCAUGUCAAACAAGCAUUAUGCACAUUAUUAACAUCUUAAUGCACAUCUGCAUUUUACACCUAUGUAUAUAUUAUUUCCACAUCCUUUAAACCUCUUAUUACGAAGAUUCUCAUCAAUCUUGAUCUGCUUUUAGAGAGUUUAAACCAUAAAUGAAUAAACAUGU